CCGCUGUUCCCGCGCCGGGUGCUGCAUCCGGUGUUGCGUUUGUUGUCCGUGCGGCAGAUCGGCGAGGGCAUGGCGGUGCUGCAUUACGAGGUGCGCAAGAGCACGAGCUGACGGGCUCCCUGAUUCGGUCUGCGCGCCGCUCAGUUCGCCUCCCCGCGCCCAGGCGCCGUCAUCCCCGGAAUGUAUUCAUUGGAGAUGAAGCUGCGGCAGCGGCCCAGUUUCAUGGGGCGGUGGUUGCCGUUCAGGUGCAGGGAGCGCACCACGUCGGGGCUGGCGCUGCGGGCCGCGAUCAGGGGCGAGACGCCGGCUUCGCGGAACAGCGACAUGAAGUAUUCACGGCUCAGGGGCAGGUCCAGCAGGACCAUGGGCAGCUGGGCCAGCGCCUCCAGCGUGGUGGAGCGGUGGUUGGCCAGCGGAUUGAGUUCGCUGACGAUGACCAUGGGCGGCAGCUGGGCCAGGGGCUCGAAGCAGAUGUCCGAUUCGGCCACCAGCAGGUCGUAGGUGAUGGCGACAUCGAUCUGCGCGGUGCGCAGCUUGUGGAUCAGGCCUUCCUGGUGGUCCUCGAUCUGCGUCACCGUGGCCUUGGGGUGGGCGCGCGCGAAUCCCUGGCACAGCUCGGGGGCGACCAUGGCCGCCAGCGUGGUGAAGCAGCCCACGCGCACGGGGCCGCGCACCUGGCUUUGCGCGCUGCUGGCCACGUCAUACAAGGCCAUGGCCUGGUCGAGCAGGCCGCGGAUUUCCCGCAGGACUUCGGCGCCUGCGGGCGUGACGGACAGGCCUUGCGCAUGGUGGCGCACGAACAGCGGCACCUGCAGCUCCGCCUCCACCUGGGUGAUGGCCGAGGAGAUGGACGAGGGCGAGACGUGGAUGCGGUUGGCGGCCUCGGCAAUGCUGCCGAACUCGCCCGCUGCCACGCAGUAUUCCAAUUGUCUGAAGGUCAGUCGUGUCAGCACGGUGUGCAAGAGGUGGAGAGGGGGAGGGCGGCCAGGGUGAUCCGCCGCGUAGUUGACCAAGCGGCGGACCGCGCUGCAAGAGGCCCUUCCCGCAAGGCGCCUGCAUUGUGCGGCGUCGCUGGCGUUGUGAUUGCGAAACCAUUGCGCCACCGCACCGUCGCCCUGGGCUGGCGCCUGCGUGGCCUUCACGCGGUCCGUCAGCCCGGCGGACUUGCCGACAAAGUCCAGCGGCGCAUCCCAGUUGAAGUGCCGGUACACGGCCGCCGUCUGGGCGUAGGGCGGGCAUUGCGCAAACAGCUGGAAGCUGAGCCGGUGGCCGGCGUGGUCCGAGUCGAGCAGGUCGCGCGCAUAGGCCAGCAGCCUGCGGCGGUCGUCGGCCUGCGAUUGCGGGCCGAGCGUAUAGAACUUGCGCAGCCAGGGGCCGGUGUCCUCGUUCUCGAAGCUGGCGUGGUCCGGCGUCAGGCAGACCUGGCCGCCGCACAGCUCGCGCACGGUGUUCAUCAUGUGGUGCAGCUGGCUGGUGGCCAGCGACCGACCCGUGAACAGCAGCGACUGGUUGGGCAUCAUCAGCCCGGCCGGGCUGCGCUCGGCCAGCGCGAUGGCGGCCGUGAGGUGGGCGUUGAUGCCUUCGCGGUAGCAGGCCAGGCCGGCCAGCCUGUCCUGCACGGCCUGCAGCUUCUCCACGCCGGUCUGGCGCGCGUUGUGCAGGGCCGUGCCUAUCAGCAUGUCGGCCAGCUUCAGGCUGCGCUGCAGGAAGGUGAAGGCCGAGUAGCGGUGCAGCGUCUCGCGCAGGAAAUGGGCGGCCCGGGUGUGGCGGUAGAACAGCACGUUCUCCCAGGGAACCAGCACGUCGUCGAAGACCACGAUGGCAUCCACUUCGUCGAAGCGAUGGCUCAACGGAUGGUCCUGGGCCGAUGCGCGGGCGGCCAGGCCCGGGCGGCAGAUGAAGCGCAGGCCGGGCGCGCCCAGGUCGCAGAUGAAGCCUAUGGCGUAUUCGGACUGCGCCGCGUCGCCCCAGUGCGCCAGCCCCGGCUUGGUGAAGGCCUGGUUGGCAUAGGCGGCAGCGGUCUCGUACUUGGCGCCGCGCACGAUGACGCCUGCAUCGGUCUCCUUGACCACGUGCAGCAGCACGUCGGGGUCCUGGUCCUGCGGCAGGCGCGAGCGGUCGCCCUUGGGGUCGGUGUUGGCCGAUACGUGGAACAGGUCGCCACGCACCACGCGGCGGAUGUGGGUGCGGAUGUUGGCGGAAAAGCGCGGGUCCAGCUCGUUGAGCACGUCCUGGCCGUCGAACAGCGACCACAUCUCGCCCACGCUCUCGUCGCCCAC